GCUACCAGUCACACGCUCAGUCAUCAUACCAUCUCCUUUGAACCCCGUAGUCACCCUCAUUUGACAACCGCAGACAUCGAUCAUGGUAGAAACUCGCCCCUACGGAACCUGGGACUCUCCCUUGCAAGUCGACGAGAUCUACAAGGCCUCAUCCACUCUUGCCGAGCUGUACGUCGACGAUACCACCCAGGAGAUCUACCACGUUGAAUCUCGAGCUUCCGAAGGCGGCCGCUCGGUCCUCUGUAAAUCCCUAUCCCCCUCCAAAGAUCUCAUCGGACCCUCCUCUAACGCUCGGACCCGGGUACACGAAUACGGCGGGAGCGCGGCCACGUUGAGGCAUGGAUGGGCUUAUUAUUCGGAUUUUGUGGAUGGGAGGGUCUUUAGGGUCAAGGUCGGGGAGGAUGUGGAGAGUGUCAAAGCCGUUACCCCGGAAUCCAGCGUCUACCGUUACGCCGACUUUGCGGUUCACCCGCAAAACCCCAACCUCGUCCUUGCCAUCAGGGAAGACCAUACCAUCGAUAAACCUAGCAAGGUCGUCAACACGCUUGUCGUCAUCAACGCCGCCAACGAGGAGGUCACGGUCGUCGUCGAGGGGAACGACUUUUACGCUAGCCCUCGAUGGAAUCACGAUGGUACCAAGGCCGCUUGGAUCGAAUGGUCUCACCCGGACAUGCCAUGGGAAGGCGCGACGCUCUACUAUGCCUCCUUCAAGCUCGAAAACGAACCCAAGUUGACCCGCUCUGUGGAGGUAGCUGGGAAACACAACACCGUCAGCGUUACUCAGCCUCUCUGGGGUUUGGGCGAGAGCAAGGACAAGCUGUUCUUCGCUUCCGAUGAGACCGGGUACCAGAACAUCUGGGUGGUCGACACCGCCCAGGAAGGUGCCGAAGCGCGCUUGGCCAUGAAACAGCUCGACAAGGACUUUACCACACCCAUGUGGUCCCUCGGCACGUGCGACUAUGCUCUUUUGGAUGGGAAGACUGGCCUGGUCGCACCUCUGAACGACCGACCUACUUUGUCCCACUUCGACCUCCGAUCUGGCAAGAUCGUUCCUAUAGCCGGAGGGGAAGUCUAUGGCAAGAUCGACCAACUCAAACGACUGAGCGAUACCCAAGCCGUGUUCAUCGGGAGCAAGUCGGACGCUCCGGCCACAUUGGUCAUCGUCACGUUGGGGUCUUCCGCCGGUCAAGCCGAUUUCAGCGAGGUUCAGACGACCAAGCCGGAACAUCUCAAGAAACCCGUCGACCCUGCUUAUGCCAGUCGACCAGAGACUUACACCCUGAGAGUCCCUUGGAACGAGAACGCAAAGCGACCCGAGGGGAUGAGCGAGGAUACGAAAGAGGUGGAUCUGCAUGUGAUACUCUUUCCGCCUACGAACCCCAAGUUCAAGGCUCCCGAGGGGACCCGACCGCCUUGUCUCGUCGGGGUUCACGGAGGGCCUACGUCGCAAGCGUUCCCUGUUCACAACACAUUCUAUCAGUAUUUCACCAGCAGGGGAUUUGCCGUUCUCGAUGUCAACUAUGGAGGUUCUUCUGGGUACGGUCGUCAGUACAUGCAACGUCUUUCCAGCAACUGGGGCAUAGUCGACGUCCACGAUACUGUCCACGCCGUCAGUAAGCUCGCAGAAAUGGGCAAGAUCGACGGAGAAAAGGUCGGGAUCCGGGGAGGAUCCGCAGGCGGGUUUACCACGCUAGCUUGUUUGACGGACAGCCGGGUGUUCAGUAUUGGGAUCUCGUUGUAUGGAGUUUCGGAUAUCAAGCUCCUGGUCGCUGAUACUCACAAGUUCGAAUCCCAAUACAUGUUCAAGCUUGUUGGUGGGACACCGGAACAGGUCCCUCAGGUGUACCAUGAUCGAUCGCCAUUGUACAAGGCAGCAAACAUCCGGGCGGCGACAUUGAUCCUUCAGGGCAACGAUGACAAGAUCGUACCUCCUUCUCAAGCCCACGAGAUCAUCAAGAGGAUCGAAGAGGGAGGUCACGGUCAGGUAGAAUCGGUCUUUUACGACGGUGAAGGGCAUGGUUUCCGCAAGCUCGAGAACCUCAAGGAUAGUCUCAUCCGGACCGAAGCCUUCCUCAAGAAGACGUUCGGUUUGUCGGAAGAGUAGAGUCUUCCCUUUACACUAUGAUCGGAGGGAUUAUGUGUUUUGUAUGAGAUCUUGAAUAGGUAUAGCCAGUGCAUUACGUGGCUGAGUAGCGGGAGUUUUCUGUCUCUGAAGAUGAAUCCAUUUGAAUGAGGGCUGUGGUCCCGCCUAUCUUCAAAG